AUGUCAGUAGCCCCCCCAACAACUCCCCGGCGCGGGAUCAAGGGCAAAUCCCACCUCCGCAAUGUGAGCAAUGGUAGUAGUCAAUCAACCACAUCGGAUACUGGCACCGCUCAGCAUGAUCCUAUUCCCGUGAAACUUCCCACCCAGAGGAAAUGCACUCUCUGGGUCCACGAGGAGGCUUUCUCCAAGGAUGAUGUCGUUCUCGACCUCGACCUGUUUCCAAAUGUGAAGCCGGGGGAAUUGAUGGAUGUUGGAGCAUUGAAGGCCGAUUCAGGGGUCCGUGACUUUCAGGAGGCGGCUCAACCCUCGAGAAAGGAUGGAGACUCUCUUUCUGCCACCAUGCAACGGCAAAGGAGCAAUUCAAAUUCCGAUAGCCCCAGUACCGCCAGUGGAAAUCAUGCUAGGCGAGAUUCUGAUUUCGGGAAACGGUACCUGUUCAUUGCCCAAGAAAUGCCCAAGGAGGUGAAAGUAAAGCAAGCAAGGUUCGAAAUAUCCGUAGCAAAGCAUAUCGCCGACUUAUUUGGUCUCAAGCAUCGUUCUCAAGUCCUUGUCUCUACAACGGACACAGCUGUUUGUUCUGCUUCCCAUGUUGAACUCUCCUUCAAAGAUGAGUAUCUUUCCCGCUCUGACAUGUGGAGACUGGCCCUGAGUGAACUGUCCAACAAGACCGUAUUCAAGGGUCAGAAGAUACUAUUCAUGGGUACCAUAAAGGCUCAGGUGACAUCUAUAUAUGUUGACGGUCGUAAGAUGCAAUCUGCUUUCUACUCAACAAGCACAAGGCCAGUCUUUCGCAGCGAGUCCGCUCGCUAUGUGCUAUUUAUUCAGAUGUCCAGAGAGAUGUGGGACUUUGAUUCCGAAGGAUCUGGCGAAAUCAUGUUCAGCAAGGUUGUCAAUGGCUUUCUCCCCUCGCUUUUUAAGAAGUGGGCUUCCCUGAAGGCAAAACAUCUGGUGAGCAUUGUUCUGUUCACGAGAGUUGAAUACGACACUGGCAUCGCUUCAGAGCUAGCAAGUGCACAUGAUAGUGCCUAUCAUACCGGUAUCCAGGCAGAGGGAAAUAAAAAACCCUACAAAGAUUUCUAUCGGGUAGUUGUGAGCGAAAUGGCGAGUGGGUCAUGGACGACAAUUCUGUAUCAGCUGAAGCGCGAGUUCAAAUUCUUCCUUCGAGACAUCUCGUUGCACCGUUACAAAAUGGCAGCUGCUUUUGCUCCCGCGCCGCAAGACGGCAAUACGAGAGGGCCAAUUGGUACGCGUAUAGAAGCAGAGCCGUCUCUUGCCAUGCAUGGUAACGUCUUAGAGGCUAUCAAUCUAGCGUCUUCUCAGUUUUCUCACGAUUAUAUUGACCGAGACCUGAUGCGGACGGGAAUCUCCGUUGUGGUUAUCACCCCUUCGCCCGGUCUUUUCGAGGUUGAUUAUGAAACAUUGAGAAUGACAACGGAGGCCUUGAUUGGAAGCGGCAUUGGCAUAGAUCUCGUCUGUCUUCCCAAAAUGCCCUUACAUUCGGUCCCCUUGUUCCGUUACCGAAACCCGCAAUACGGCGCUUUCCAAGAAGCUAUGCACAUCAAGUCGCUCCGAAGUGAAGACAGCACCCCUCGUCAAGCUGCUGCUAUGUUUAGCAGCAGCUUCUCUUCCAUGAAUGAGUCAUUAUCUCCAUUAAAAGCGUCAAUGCGUGAGCGCAGUCUUCGGACGGGGUCCUUCGCUGCGACUGAUCCGCCAAGCGAGUGGUCCUAUGCCAUCCCUCACUGGCUCGAUGUUUCCUUUUGGACUGGGGCAUCUGAAGACAUCGGGCUCGAAAACCCUUUCGCAAAGUCUAUCGAUAAAUACCUUAGGAGUGAGCGUUCGCAACAAGCGCGAGAUUUUGAAGUCAGGUGUAAGAUGUACGAGAUGGAAAUGGCCAGUGUCAUGGAGAACGUAUUGACGGAGAUUGCUGUCAGACCUUUGCAGCAUGAUGCACUCUUUUCCCAGAUGAUAGUGGGACUUCGAGAAAUUCCGGGCACCACACAAAACUCCAAAGAAGCUUCGGAUUCUGUAAAUAGGGAGAAAGUCAUCGCAAGUCUCUCAGAAUUUGUAAGUGGUCCUUCAAAGCCUCAGCUGGAUCGUCAGUCCUCUUCUGAAGAGAAAAUUCUUUAUAAAGCGAUGGAUAAAUUUGAUGCAACUAUAUCUGAGUUUCUGGAAGACUUUCCUGGUACUCGUCGGAAUAUUGAAGGGAAAAAAUAUUCCAAAGCGAGAGGCGAGGAAACAGUCAAGAGGAUCCUUGCUGAGGAUGUGAAAGUUUUCGAAACCUCAUUCAAAGAUGAACGUGGGACAACAAAAGGGCCUAGUGUAACAGGUACCUUGAUGCCCGGAAACUCUGGACAAAUGUCACAGAAUUCCGAAGAGAACCUUAAGCCUAGGAAAGAAAUCUUGAGUAGCGCCAUGACAGCAAAGUCGAAGAUGUCUGCACUUCGACCUCCCAAAUUUGGACGACAGAUUAGCCUUGGCAAGCAUGGAUUUGGCAUUGCAGCACCCAAAGCUGCUACAGCAGAGAUACAAAUAGAACAUGCCAGUGCGGCUAAACCAAAUACUAGGACGUCCAAAGUGUCAAUAGCAGCAACAACAUCCACAAGUAGCACAAUGGCAAAUCACCUACUCAAUACUGGAGCAAAUCAGACCCAAGACCGGCCGCCAUCGUCGCAGAGCGAAAAGUCCAAAAACCAAUCCGGGACACGGACACCGGAUCAAAGAACUGAUACGGGGGACAUGGAAAAUGCUCACGCUAGUAGGCCCAUGACAAUCAAGAGCGCUCUUCAAUCGCUAGAUUCAACAAAUCAGUUCAAGUCUCGCUCCAUGCUCGGAUCUCUUUUCGAGGGACACGAUGGUGCAGAUGAAAGUGAAGGUGCUCAUAAUCUUCAAUCUCUAAGGCUUGAUGAUGCUCAAAAACUAUACAAUUCGAAAUUGUUAGCAGGAUCAGUCCCUGAACUUCCCGCAACACUGUCGCCGACAACAGCGCUGUCGCCUUGGCUUAAAGUAUUGAAUCCUUCCAACCCUCCCGCAAACGAUGCUCUUGGUCCAAGCCAGUAUAAACGCUGGCAGCACGUGUAUCCUCGACCUGUACCAACAAGAACUAUGAAGUGGAAAUCAUUGUGUUCUCCUGCGUCAGUGCCAUUGACGACCGAAUAUUUCCCAACAAAACAUCAGCUUGACACAGAAUACCAGCAAAAGCCGUAUAAUAUAUCCCAGAAUGUAGAGGAUGGGCUCAACGAAGAUCCCCAGGCGAGAGAAGAUUUCCUCCGAGAGCUCAUUGGGUUGCGAUUGUCUCAGGGGUUUCAGAUUGUCGUUGGAUCAGCAGUUGCCGACGCGUUUGGCCAAAAGUCUUUAAAAAUAGCCAAUGUUUUUGAUCGCGAUCACAUUGCAGAAGAUGGCGCGAGUGUCUUCAUGUCGAUGGGAAACAUUAUCCACCAACUAUCGUGUGUCAACGAAAGCGAAAUUGAAGUCAACAUGUUCGUGCGGAAGCCGACUGCCUCGACAGCAACUAGUCCAGGUUCUGUCGUGCCAGCAGUCUAUAAUCCUGCCAUUAGAACUACGUUGUCUGACAACUACGACUCACGCUCAAUAGUAUUUGGAAAACCCAAGGAUGAAUACAACUGGAACUACGUGGAUGCGUUCAUCGCAGGAUUUGACGACGAGAUGUCAGAGAACCUCCGUUUCUGGCGCGCACGUUUUGUGCUGAUACCUGUGGAGCGACCAACUCAGUCACAAAGAUAUCAGGGGGAGGACAAUGAGGAAGAGAUUCGCCUUGAAGGUAUUAAGAAGCUUACACAAACCUGGCAACGGCACAGGAUCCUCACUCCAUCGGAACGUCGAUUUCAAAGUCUCGCGGCACGCAAAACCAAAGAUCCGAAUCCUCUUGAUAUUGUUUAUAAAACGGAAGACCCUUCUGUUGUAGUCACGGCAGAACUCGAGACUCUACCUCUCGUUGAGACGAGUGAUCUGGGAGUUAGACGUGGACAGUUGUUGGAGACGGAGCGUUUCCGAAAGGCAAAACUUGAUAUUGCGGCCUUAGCAGAAGCCAUACAAUGUCCAAUCGAACGUGGAGGUGUCCGAAUGCAAAAUCGAAGGUGGCACUUCCGGCUUCAUUACAACUGUUUCAUCGGGUCUGACAUGACCACUUGGUUGAUCGAGAAUUUUGAGGAUAUUGAUACUCGAGAAGAAGCUGUUGAGCUUGGUAACAUGCUGAUGUCAACAGACGAGUUGCAACGACCAAGGGAGAAAGAGAUACCGAAAGAUAAAAAAGAAAAAGAAAAAGAGGGAGGAAUUUGGGCCCAUGUAGAGAAGCGUCAUCCAUUUCGAGACGGCCAAUACUUUUAUCAAGUCACUGGAGAGCAUGCUAAGCAACGCCCCGAGAGUCGAAGUGGGUGGUUUGGCUCCAGACGUCUCGAUAACUCAAUCCCAUCUACGCCAAUAUCAGAAAGUAUGUCUCGAGAUUCUCCGAGGCCUGAACGAUCAAGGGAUUCGAGUUCAAACCACGAUGAGAAAUCCUCUGAUUCCGGAGCGACAACUCCAACAACUGCAGGCGGAAAAAGACCAAAGGUCGCUCUUAGUAAAGUCAUGAAGUACGACGUUGAUCCACGCCGUCGCUCGUAUCGUCCGGAGAGGAUAAACUUGCACUACGAUCGAUUACACAAUCCUGACAAUUGCUAUCAUAUUCGAAUUGACUGGGUCGGCGUUACUGCCAAACUAAUUGAAGAUGCAAUAGAAUCAUGGGCUCGAACUGCAGAAGGGUUUGGCCUGAGGCUUGUAGAAGCGCCAAUCGGGGAGGCAUGCUCCAUAACCUCUGUGCACCCAUUCAGGAGUCCUUAUAUGAUUGAACUCGCUGUUCAGCCACCAGAUCGGCAGCCUAGGACCUAUUUUGAUUCCACCUACUUUGGUCCCCAAGCUCCAACAAUUCCGGCAAACCGUCACUUUUACCACAAAGCUAUCAUGAAGAAAUUCAACUUUGUCUUGGAUAUUGAAGCAGCAAGGAACUUCCCCAGCAAUGUCGAUGUCACCUACUCCUGGGGCAAACCAGACUUCAAGUAUACACAAUACAUCCACAGAUCUGGGGUAUUACUUGCGCAAAUCACCGAUGAGGGCAACUUCCUCCUUCUAGCAAAUCGGCUUUACAAUAACCGGACGACGGCAGAAAGAGAGUUCGACAGGUAUGUCAAGAUUGACCAUGAACGUAAUACACGUGUAGCUGCGCCUGUGUACGGCCAUGGCAUCAACACAGACAAACCUAGUCCUCUAAACUCUCCUAUGCUCCGUUCAACUGAUACCAUCUCUCCUGUCUUGCGAGCCACUUCUGACGUUUUGGGGCCUAGUUUGGCGGCAUCAAAAAUCGCCAAUAUUACCACCCCCGAAUCCAUAAAAAAUGAACUCGAGGACUUCUGCCACAACGCCCCACUCCUCGAAUCCUACUACAAAGAAGUAUAUGAGAAAGCAACCCCACCAAAUAUGACGCCGCCGAACCCUCGAAGCCCCUUCGUGGGCAGCCUACUCGAAUCGAAUAUUCCAACGCUAGGAUUGCCCCCUAGCAUCCUAGCUAGAGAUAUAAGUCCGAGCCCGAUGCGACUUUCCAACCUACCAGGAAUUGGAAGUUCUAUGCCACAGCUUGGAAGAAGACCGAGUGUGCAAAUUGGCAUAGGUGGCGAUGGCGCGAAGCAAGAAAGUCCGCGUGGAAGCAUUAAAGAGAGCGAUAAGGCGUUAUAG